CCGCCGACCGACUCCGUGACUCAUGGGGACUCUGAGGGACCCCAGUUCUUCGGCGAUCGUCGCUCGUGCUUCUUGCGCUCCGUCCAAGACGUCCUGCAGCCGCCAAACAGAGCGCGGCGCUAUUGCGUCCAUCGACCCGGAGCCACCUGCUUGCGAAAAGGGCUGUAGCGGCGGCGGCGGCUCUUCUGGGCCCGAGAUCGACCCAUCUGGGGCUGUCGCCGGGCGAAAACAACCCCAUGGACCCAUCGCCGGCCCGAAAAAAGGGACAACUACCCCACAAGGGGGUGAAACGCGAACAGGUGUGACCUCCCGUUCCCCCACUCUCCCACAAAGCCAACUCGGUCAGCGCCAGCGUAGAUGUCGAAAAUCACGAGCGGACGGACUCAAAGACGUGGGCGACGCCCAAACACCGUUGGACAUCAGGUGUGAAGAACUCGUCAAAGGAGCGUAACAUCAUUAAGUCGUAACGUUUAGUUUCUACGGUGCCAUAUUAAAGUUUAAUGUAUUGUAUAGUUAGGCUAAGACGAUUUCGGUAGCCGGAAAAUAAAACGAGACGAGCGACCGGCUACAGAUUUCAGAUAGCGAACGAUGUUUGAUCGAUGUCUGACUUUGAUCUUUUAUACUUUUAAAUUUAAAUCGCCUUUAUCUCCCCGUUAGCUCCGCUAGGUAUAGUCAUAUUUGUAAUUAUAAUUUCGUAUUGAUGUAUGAUUGACAACUCUGAUAAUGUUACUUUAGUCUAAGAUACUAAUUACAAAUUUUAAUUAGGCGUUUGAUAGUUUUUAAGUAGUCAUAAAUUUUGAUGCUGCUCAAUCUUGUACGAUUAGGCUGAGACAUGGCUUUAAUAAUUAUGUACGGAACUCUUACCAAUAAAUCGAUUAAGUGACAA